AUGACUUGCCUGCACUACGGACACACUCCCUCGGCGCUGGCAUCGCGGCUGCUGGGCGUGAUUCACGAGUCGAUCAUCCCGCUCACCACCGCCGGCGUCUCUCGCGGGUGCAAAGUAUUCGGCGCGGCGAUCCUUUCCAAGUCCACGCUCUCCGUCGUUGUCGCUGCGACGAACGAUGAGCUGACCUCGCCGCUCUUGCACGGCGAAGUGACGACGCUGCUGGAAUUCCACAAGCUCAACUCGUCCUUGCCGGUGGAGCAGAGGAUUGAUCCUCGAGACUGCGUGUUUGUCUCGACGCACGAGCCGUGUUCGCUCUGCCUUAGCGCCAUCACCUGGUCGGGCUUUGACAACUUUUACUAUCUCUUCACGUACGAGGAUACGCGCGCGACGUUUGCCAUCCCACACGACAUCAACAUCCUCAAACAGGUCUUCCAAACCCACAAGCACGAUCCAGACGACGCUCCGCUGUACAACGCCACCAACGACUUUUGGUCCAGCUCGUCCAUCCAGCAACUCAUCACCCAGGCCGACGAAACACAACGACCGCAGUUGCAACAGCAGAUGCAAGACGUCAAGGCAGAGUACAACGCCCUGUCGGAUACCUACCAGCAGUCCAAAUCCACACAGGCACCUUCACAAAUCCCACUCAACUGA